UAUAGAGCCCACAUGCUGAAUAGCAAUCAGUUGAGGCUCAUGCUGCAUAGAAGCCAGUACAGUCUGCAGCAUGAAUGUGAAUUCUCACUGCUGGUUCUGAGCGAGGAAACCUCAGACUACUGGAAGCAGUGGGCUGGUGUAAAAUCUGUACAAAAAUGACAGUUUUAUGGUGCAGACCCCCAUUUAGUCAAUUUGCUGCACAUGCAGGUGAUGUGACUCAGGUGUUACUGGGGGAGGAGCCUAUAUAACCUGGAUCAGAGGCUCAGCACCCUGGGCUGUUAGAGAGAAGGACCUUUUUGCUUUGGGGAAGAUGAAGAAUGUUGGUGAGACUGUGCCAGGCAAGUGCCAGCUGCUCAGAUGCCCGGCCGCAGGGUGCAAGGCCUUCUACAGAAAGGAGGGCAAACUCCAAGAUCAUAUGGCUGGGCACAGCGAACAGCCGUGGAAAUGCGGCAUAAAAGACUGCGACAAAGUGUUCGCCCGAAAAAGACAAAUCCUGAAGCACGUGAAGCGACACCUGGCGUUGAAGAAACUCAGCUGUCCCACUGCCGGCUGCAAAAUGACAUUUAGCACGAAGAAGAGCCUGAGCCGACACAAACUGUACAAACACGGGGAGGCCGUACCCCUUAAGUGCUCUGUGCCAGGAUGCAAGAGAAGCUUCCGGAAGAAACGUGCGCUGAGACGCCAUCUGUCGGUGCACUCUAAUGAGCCUCUGUCUGUUUGUGACGUCCCUGGGUGCGGCUGGAAGUCGUCGUCGGUAACUAAAUUCGUUGCCCAUCAGAAGCGACACAGAGGUUACCGCUGCUCCUACGAAGGCUGCCAAACCGUGUCCCCCACUUGGACUGCCCUCCAGACGCACAUGAAGAAGCACCCCUUGGAGCUCCAAUGUGCCGCCUGUAAGAAGCCAUUCAAGAAGGCCAGUGCUCUGCGGAGGCACAAAGCCACCCACGCCAAGAAGCCCCUCCAACUGCCCUGCCCCCGCCAGGACUGCGACAAAACCUUCAGCUCCGUCUUCAACCUCACCCACCAUGUGCGCAAGCUCCACCUGUGUCUGCAGACCCACCGCUGCCCCCACUCCGGCUGCACCCGCUCCUUUGCCAUGAGGGAGAGUCUGCUUCGCCAUCUCGUGGUUCAUGAUCCGGAAAGAAAAAAGUUAAAGCUAAAAUUUGUACGUGGUCCCUCCAAAUUCCUUGGGCGGGGAACCCGUUGCCGCACACCUGUAGUAGAAGAGGACUUGAGCCACCUCUUCAGCCGCAAACUUCUCUUCCAUUUCAAGACCAGGCUGGAGACUAACCUCUCCGGUCUGUUUAAUGAGCGUCAGCUCCGCGAACCAGCAGAGCCAGAGGUCAACCUUAGUGGCCUGUUCCAGCGGCCCCAGGGUCGUGCCAAAGCGGAAAAAUCCGCCUGAGCCCAGAAGGAUCAUCCAUCAUAGAAACUGGAGCUUCUUUCCACCGCUCCAAGGCUUGAUUACCAAAGUCAUGGUUAAAUUAUUUCAUGUUAAAAUAUUUCUUAAAAGGGGAUUUAUUUAUUUAUUUAUUUUUCUAGCCACAGCGCUAAUUUGGGGAGUUUGUCUGUAACACCUGUGCUUUGUUUUGCUCUGGAAAUUGAGCCCAGUCCAAUCACUGAAUAAAGUGGAAUAUGAUGCCCCUUGUAACAAAUUGUAAAUCUUUGUUUUCAAAAUAAACCAAAAGUAUCAACA